AUGGCUACCAUGAAUCCGGAAUACGAUUAUUUGUUCAAACUGCUUUUGAUUGGAGACUCAGGCGUGGGUAAAUCCUGUUUAUUGUUGAGAUUUGCUGAUGAUACGUACACGGAAUCAUAUAUAUCAACUAUAGGUGUUGAUUUUAAGAUUCGCACAAUUGAAUUAGAUGGAAAAACGAUUAAACUACAAAUUUGGGACACUGCGGGCCAAGAACGUUUUCGUACCAUAACUUCGAGUUAUUACCGAGGCGCUCAUGGUAUUAUUGUUGUUUACGACAUUACAGACCAGGAAUCCUUCAAUAAUGUGAAGCAGUGGCUACAAGAAAUAGAUCGUUAUGCUUGCGAGAAUGUAAAUAAGCUGCUGGUUGGAAAUAAAUGCGACUUAACCACGAAAAGAGCAGUUGAACAGAACGCUGCAAAAGAAUAUGCAGAACAAUUGGGAAUUCCCUUUUUAGAAACUUCGGCCAAGUCUUCAACGAAUGUCGAGCAGGCUUUUUUGACAAUGGCUGGAGAAAUCAAAAAUCGUAUGGGGCCUGUUCAGCAGGCUGGGACAGGUCCAUCUGUUCGCAUUGGUGAUCACAGGCCGGUCAACGAAAAGAAAGCGGGUGGUUGUUGCUAG